UGUGAGAGAGGAAGGUUGUCGCUCCUCGUGCUGGCCUCCGAUCACCCGCGCCCAACCACGUGUGUUCAGAACUAUCACACAAAAGAAAAUCGUGUUAUACUUAAACCAAUAUAUAUCUGUGAAGCAUAACUGCAAAGUGAUUUUAAAGCCAUUAAAAUCCAGACCGGUAAAUUAAAUAGUUGAAAAGAAAAAAUAUAUAUAUAUUACCACUGGAUUUAAUAUUAUUGGUUACUCUUUAAUUUUUUUUAUUUUUUUACAAGUGAAUUAUAUUGCAAUUCGUGGAUUUUACUAUCUGCAAGAUCAACAACCGCGAUUUAUCACCAGGUUAUGCUUCAUGAUAUGUGAGGGGAGGUGGGCAGGAUGGUGAGAUGGGUCCGGGGGGUGCGCUGCCCCCUCCAUGGCGCCCCCUGCCCCCCACGGCACCUGCUGUCUGUCCUCCUGCCUCUGCUGCUGCUGGCGUUGGUCCCCCUGGCCCCCCCCGCCGCCGCGGACCCCGCACCCGGGCAAGGAUCAGCUGAGAAUGACGCGGAGUCCGGCGGCCCUCUGGCGGAGGUUCCGGACAACUCGCCGCCGAUCAUCUUGGACGAGCCUCAAGACGCCUACGUCAUCAAGAACAAGCCUGCCAUUCUCACCUGCCGCGCCGCCCACGCCCUCAAGGUGAACUUCAAAUGCACGGGGGCCGAGCCGGGACCCGAGGCCGAGACUGUGACCUCGUUCGUGGACCCGAUGACCGGCGUGAGGGUCAUGGAAGGUCAGCUGCAGAUCGAGAGGCGGCUGGUGGAGGAGUCCUACGAAGGCAACGACUACGGCUGCUACUGCGUCGCCUGGAGUUCCCGCGGCGAGACCAAGAGCAAGUCAGCGAGGGUCGCCACUGCAUACCUUCGGCGAUACUUCGAGGAGCCUCCGUACUCGCAGUCGGUGCCCCUCGGGAAGCACGUGGAGCUGCGCUGCCUCCCCCCCGACGGGCGUCCCCCUCCGGCCACCACCUGGCUCAGGAACAACGUGCCCAUCAGCCUUGAGGAGAACCCGAGUUACAAGAUAUCCUCGGAGGGCUCCCUGCUCAUCCUGUCAGCCCGGCCGGAGAACUCGGCGAAUUACACUUGCGUUGCCGAGAACGUGGCCGCCAAGAGGGUUUCGGAGACAGCGAGACUCAAGGUUUACGUGGACGGCUCGUGGUCAACGUGGUCGUCGUGGUCGUCGUGCAGCAACCGAUGCGGCCGCGGCGUGCAACGUCGGACUCGCACAUGCUCCGCCCCGGCGCCCAUGCACGGCGGCGCGGCGUGCAUCGGAACCGCCGUGCAGAAGGCCGACUGCUCCCACUUGUGCCCUGCCGUGGACGGGUCGUGGGCGUCGUGGUCGUCGUGGUCCACGUGCGGGCCCGACUGUCGUCACCACCGGCAGCGGGCGUGCUCGGCGCCCCCCCCUCAGCACGGCGGACGGUACUGCACGGGCGAGGACUUCUACUCGAGCAAUUGCACCGGCGGCAUGUGUCGCAAUGGUCGAGGAUCCUCCGUCAGGAUGUACGGAGAUAAGAGUGCUACAGAAGAAGCGACGGCCGCCGCGGUGCAGCAGGACAUCACGCUGAUCGUGGUGCUGGCGGUGCUGGUGCCUCUCGUGCUGCUCCUGCUGGUGGUGGUCUUCAGGAAGUUCAACCGGAAGGACCGCCAGGAUGGACCCAUGUACGAGAUCGCGGCGUCGGACUACCCGAUGCCCUUCUACUCCGACACGGCCAAGAAGUUGAAGGGGCUGGCGCCGGACCUGACGCAGGGCGUGGGCAUGGCGCCGCUCCCGCCCACGGCCCUCCCGCCCUGCUACGACCACGCCUACAGCGACCCAGCAUCCGUGUCGAGCGGCCACAAGUCAAGCGUGGGCGUGGUGGGCUCCAUGUACGAGGAGCACUACUCGGCGCCCGCCAGCGGAGGAGGCCCCUCGGGCAGCGCCACGCCCGCCUCCGAACACCACUACGACGUGCCCCACCUGCGCCCCUCGCACGACUCGCCCGCGCCCUCCGAGGCGUGCCACCUGCUGCCCUCGCGCGCCCUCGCCACGCCCACGCUCGACGGCAGCGUGGGCAGCCGCUGCCUCGACUCCCCCAUGUCUUCGCUGGAGAAGCCCCCCCGCAGCGACUCCCCCGCCUCCCUCUCCAGCAACGCCACCUCCAGUUCCCGGCCGACCUCCGCGUCCGACGGUGGGCGCGAGAGCCAGCCGCCCAAGGAGCUACUGAGCGCCGACGGAGCCGCGUGGGGCGUGAUGACGGCGGCGGGCGGGCGUCUGGUGGUGGGCGAGUACGGCGUGGUGCUCACUGUCCCCGAGGGCGCCCUUCCCCCCGAGGCGCGCCAGCAGAUGUACAUCGGCGUCAUGCCCAACGCGCACGUGCCCAAGCUCACCGAUAGGCAGACGCUGCUGAGCCCCGUGGUGAGCUGCGGCCCCACCAGCGUGAACCUCCUGAAGCCGGCCGUGCUGUCCUUCGAGCACUGCGCCUCCCUCCAGCACGCGGCCUGGCAGAUCCACGUGUUCGCCUCUCCGGCCCCGCCCCCCGUCGGCACCGUCUCGUCCGCCUCGUCAGCGUCGUCGUCGAGCUUCUUCGGCGACGAGUCCUGGACCCGCCUCAUCACCAUCGGCGAGGAGCGCAUCGACACGCCCGUCUUCACGCAGCUCGACGGCGCGCAGGUGCAUAUGAUGACGGAGUCGCUGCGGCAGUUCGUGCUGGUGGGCGAGAGCGCGGGCUCCAACGCCGCCGUCAAGCAGGUCAAGGUAGUGGCGGCCGCCCCCCCGCCCACCCCGUCAGGCACGCUCACUGUCACCAUUCACGUCAUGCAGGACACCACCGCCGCGCUCGCCUACGUGACCUCGAAGGAGCGGCGUCGAGGGGCUUCCCUGCUGGACAAGCCAAAGAUGUUGUUGCUACAGGACUGCGGUGCUAACCUCUGCCUCACCUUGGAUGACCUGGCUCCCGGCUGGCGCAUCCGUCCGGGUCAACAUUAUCAGGAAAUUUCGUUCGAAGCCAUCUGGGGCGCGAAGAGCGAGACGGUGAGCACGACCUUCACCCUGGAGCGCAGCGAGGGCACGGCGGCCGCCCUCGCCUGCAGGGUGGUGGCGCAGCAGAAGGGGUCGUCGGCGCACCGCCAGCUCAUCAGGAUCAACUCCGACUUCCCUUACGCGCCCGUCACGGCGUCGCCCGCGCACAUGGCUCCGAGGACCUCCACAGUGACGUCGAGUAGCGGGUGCUCGUCCCUCGUGACGCUGACGCCGGAGCCCGGGGCGUUCCGUCUGCCGCAGCGCCUCCGGUGGGAGCUGUGCCGGUGUCUGGACCCACCCAACGCCCGCGGGAACGACUGGAGGAUGCUGGCAGCCAGGCUCAACGUGGAUAGGUACUUGAACUACUUCGCCUGCAAGUCCAGCCCGACGGAGCACAUCCUGGACCUGUGGGAGGCGCGGCACCGGGAGCCCACCGCCCUAACGGACCUCCUGAACGUCCUCCGGGUGAUGGGGCGGCCCGACGCUGCCCACAUCCUGGAGAGCCACGCCGGUGCCUGGAUCUGAGGGCGGGAGACGACGACGACGCCCUUGAAGUCGAUCAUGAAGAGGAGGGGCCUCGACUCCCCCCCCGCCGUCGCCGUGGGUCGCGUUUCGUUCGGAUGUAGAAGACUUCAUUGAGUGUUUUUUGCGUUUUCUUUUCUGGAAACGAGUUGGAACCUUCUUUCGGUGAGAAUAACCAGGACGCUUAUGGUUUAGAAAACUGUGCUAUCUUGUGCUCCCUACAUCGGUAUAUCAAACGGAUGAUAUACACGUAUAAGUUGACAUUCUUUUUUCCACAUUAGUUAUCCUAUAAAUAAAAAGCUUUCUUGUGCAUGUUUGCCAGAUGUGUGUAUGUGUGUGUGUGCACUCGCCAAGGCAUUCAGUACCACAAGUUAUGGGAUGCUGUUUAUCUUUCAUAAAAAAAAGAGCUCGUUCCGUUUUCGUCAACACGUUCAUUAACGAACUUCAGUUUGUGUUCGGAUCUGUGCCUGAACUUGUUGCCUGAAGUGAGAUGUUUAGACUAAGGGACAUCGCCAGUGUGAUCUGGCCGGCCUCAGUGUCUGAAUCGAAGAAGAAAAAAAAAAGCAAAAUGGAACACAAAAGUGCUAAGGAAAAUGUGAAAAUAAAAUAGUAAACGCUUGACUAGCGCUCUCGUCCGCUUCUUUGUGAUUCAUCAGAAGCUUUUGCAGAGCCCGAAGUGAACUCAGUGCAAUAUUGACCAAUCGUUGCCGUGUUUGACGUCGAGUUUUUUUCCUCUUGCGGCGAAGGAGACCGCGUGCCAUAGCCAGCAGGACAAUCACCACCAACAAAUAUAACCAUGAUAGAAGAAGAAAAAAAAGCAUGAUAGUUGACCAUACCACGAGCUUUCUGACCCUGUGUAUAGGCUAAGUGGGAACGUGUAGCUGCUGCACCUCACGUGUGUCAAGUGUUCAGACAGUUCGUCCAUGUUUGUAUAGAGUACCAUUGCCUAAUAGAUGUUACCUCUCUUUUAAGACAUAUAUAUAACUCUAUGCCACAGGUGCAUGCCCAGUGAAGCGGUCCUGAGUGACUGCAUUGUUAACGAUCCUGAUGGUUCGAAUUUUUUUCUCGGUUUUUGUACAUAGAUACUUCGGUUCUGCUAUGAAAGUAAUAGCCCUGGUUUCUUGUGUCAUGGAAGAUGUUGUAUAGUUUAUUUAUUUACACUUGUGUGAUAUUGCCAUAAAAAAAACAAUGUAGUGUAAGAAAGAAGAAAACGGAUGUACUGGCGUUGAUAUUUUAUAUGUCAAGGAAUCAUGCUUAGAGAAUUGUGCUGUAUCUCAAAGGAAGAUAAUAAAUAUGUACUAAAUUACAGUCGGGAGCCUUCUGCUAUAACUUGCAACCGAAGUGCUUGGUGCCCAGUCUGUCACGUGUAAAAAAUAUAAAAAAAAAUAGAUUAAUUAAGCAAAUCCAGUACAGCCUUGAUCGAAAUCUAAGUGCAUUAAUAAACUGCCUCUUUGGUACUCUGUCCAGGAGGGCGUGAGAGGAGAGAGAGUUGACCCUUUCAGCUGAAUGAUUCUUGAAGUCCUUUUUUGGGGGAUUUUUUUUAUUUUUCUUCUUCAAAAUUUUCGUGUCACUCGUCUUGAUGGAGAGAUCCCGGCCUCACGUUCCUGAACAGCGCCAUGAGGUGGGCCUGACUUGAAAGGCCAAUAUGGGGCAGUUUUGGGGGACCUCUGUGCAAGAUUUGAGGGGAAUUUUGAUCAAAUAUUGCAAUCGUGGGUCCAAAUUCUUACUUAAGACAGGGAUGUUUUAUGUGAUGAAUUAAAAGAAAUAAUAAUAAUAAUAACGUGAUGAACCAGUCUUGCACGAAGGUUACCGAUGAUUCGCCCUGCAAAAAAAAAAAAUCCUCAAAUGCAGAAUGUUCCAUCAGCUAAUACGAAGAGGACUGCUUAAGACGAGGGCGUGGGCGCGGACAUCCGGCGUGUCUGCGCUGCACGCCCGAACCAGGCUUAAGCAGCUGCCCGACGGAAUUACGUUGAAGAAGGUGCAUGUUGUAUUCGCGAGGCCGCCCCAACACCCCUACCCCCCGCCCCGAGAGGCGCCUCUUCACGGGAGCCACCGAAGCCCCCCCACACGCCCCCCCCGCACCUCCAAUGCUCUCUGUCCCUCAUGGUCACCUUUGACUCGCUCUCGUAGUCGCGGGGAUAGUAACUGUGAUCCACUUUUUUUUUUAGUCACUAUAGAGGGAAUCCAUAUACACUAACUAUAUAAUAAAACACGAGAUUUUCCCCCCAAAAAAGGGGAAAACUAUUCAGUAUCACCGAGCAUGACACCUUUUCUUUCGCGGCUUCUCAAACUUUGACAGUAAACCUCCCACCUCCUUCCCUCUCUCCCUUCCCCUCCCCUCCCCUCCCAACCCCUUCCCUCCCCACCAACACCCCACUUAUAUAAAACGCUUGUGUGUUCGUAGUAGAGAGACACUUGUGCUGUGAGAGGUAGGAGAGCCCGACGGUGUGUGGAUGGUGUGUGUGGACGGCCGCAGGUUGCUUUCCCGCCGUCCAGCUAUGCAGCCCCACUAUGCACACACCGCUGUACAUUGCUUUAUGUUUUGUACAGUACUGAUAUAGAGAUGAUUAGCAGUUUCUCAGGAUAUCUGUUGAAUUGUCGUCUUAUAUAAUACACAUUAUUUUACAUCUUAGCAGUGUUAGAAGACAUUGGUUAACGACAUUGCAUCCUGAAGUCUAUAAACUACUUGAUUAAAAUUUAAAAAAAAGGAAAUUUCAUCAUGAUGUAUAACUUUUGGCUGCGAUUUUUUAUUUCAAAUGACGAAAAUAGUUCUCCUAGUGUACUUAUAGAUGUUUUAUGAGUACUGUUAAAAAUGUUUCUUGUUAAUUCUAAAAUUAGAUAUCGCUCUGGCUACCAAAGAAUCAUUUUCUUCAUUGAAACUGCCGAGGUCGUUUGGUGCGGAAGUAAAACAGAAAAAAGGGGGAAAAAUGAACAAAAAAAAACAAACAAACACAAACCAUACACAUUCAUGGCCAAUGACAAACAACGGACCAGCCAAUCGCAAUUAAAGUUUUUCUUCUGUUGUUGGGACCGUACGACCCAACAACUAAUCAGCUGCCUUAUAACUGGAGUGCGUAGGAAAACCUCUUGAGAGCAAAGAUGGUCUUCCUUGGUUCUUUCAGAAUGCGAGAAAUUCCUAACCAUAUAAACAAAAAAAAAAACGAAAAAAAAUACUAAAAAAAAAUAUAUACAAUAUAACACGAUGGCAACACAUUUGAUACAGUCAUUAAAAAAAAAAGGUUUUCAUGUUGUUUAUAUGAAUUUUCUAUGUACAGAGUUAGAAUUGAGCUUUUUGUAUAUAGUCUUCCUUGGAGUCUCAGAGAAUAACUUAAGAAAAAGUGUUUUACUCACUUAUUAGCAAUCACCUGGUCGGAGUAGUGUUGCCACCAGACGUUCCUUGUGUAUUUGGACGCUAAACCUUGUGAACUAGCUGCUGCGCUGUACCCCGCCCACCCAAAGUCACCCUUUUUUAACAGCAAAGUACCUGUAACACACACUUAUAUAUAACCAAAAAAAAAGAGAAAGAAAAAAAAAGCUACACGUUUAUCUGAGUUGUUUUCCGUUGCGUUGAGGUAGAGGAGGUGACCGUGGCCGGAGUGGAGCGUGGCGCCUCCCUGUCCCUGUUGGUGCUUCCACGCGACCUGCGACGUUCUUCCGUGAGACUCCAGCGGAGGGAAAAAGCCAUAUAUUCAGAGACAAUAAAGGCGAUUUUGAUGUA